GCUGGGCGAGAGGUGGGGGGGUGGGGGGAGGAGUGGCUCCCCCUGGGGCGCCACCGGCCGGCGAGUCCCGGGGCGGCUCCGGGUGGCCCGGGCGCUGCGGGGGCGCCAGGCAGGUCAAAGUUCAGCCUCCGCGGAGCUCGGCGGCGCGGCAGCUGCACUUGUCUCGUCCGCGCAUCCGACGGUCGCAGCCCCGCGGGGCAGAGCGAGGCCGGCGGCGGGCGGGGAGGCACCGCGUUGCCCCGAGGACGUCGAGGGCUCGGCCGGCGCCUUCGCCGCAGCGACCAGGAGCGGGGUGGGCGGCGGGUGCGCUCCCCGCGGCCCCGGGAUGACUUCUCGGCGCUGCCCUCUGGCUCCUUUGCUGCUGCUGUCCCUGCACGGUAAUCUCUGACUUCUGGAUGGAUUUCAGUAGCCAUUCUAUUUUGAGAGAGACACACUACUGCUCAGCAGAAUGUCAAAGGUGUAGCUGCUUCCUUGGAGGUUUCUGAGAGCCCCGCGAGUAUACAGGUAGCCAGAGGACAGACAGCAGUCCUGCCCUGUACUUUUUCUACUAGUGCUGCCCUUCUUAACCUCAAUGUCAUCUGGAUGGUCAUUCCUCUCUCCAAUGCUAACCAGCCUGAACAGGUUAUUCUAUAUCAGGGUGGACAAAUGUUUGAUGGUGCCACCCGAUUCCAUGGGCGGGUAGGAUUUACAGGUACCAUGCCAGCCACCAAUGUCUCAAUCUUCAUUAAUAACACACAGCUCUCAGAUACAGGCACCUACCAGUGUUUAGUCAACAACCUUCCAGACCGAGGGGGCAGGAACAUUGGAGUCACAGGCCUCACAGUUCUCGUUCCCCCUUCUGUCCCACACUGCCAAAUCCAAGGAUCCCAGGAUGUAGGCAGUGAUGUCAUCUUGCUCUGCAGCUCAGAAGAAGGCAUUCCUCGACCAACUUACCUUUGGGAGAAAUUAGACAAUACCCUCAAACUACCUCCAACAGCCACUCAGGACCAGGUACAGGGAACAGUCACCAUCCGGAACCUCAGUGCUCUGUCUUCAGGUUUAUACCAGUGUGUGGCUUCUAAUGCCAUUGGGACCAGCACCUGUCUUUUGGAUCUCCAAGUUAUUUCACCUCAGCCAAGGAACAUUGGACUAAUAGCUGGAGCCAUUGGCACUGGUGCAGUUAUUAUCAUUUUGUGCAUUGCACUGAUUUUAGGGGCAUUCUUUUAUUGGAGAAGCAAAAAUAAAGAGGAGGAGGAAGAAGAAAUUCCUAAUGAAAUAAGAGAGGAUGAUCUUCCACCUAAAUGUUCUUCUGCCAAAGCCCUACACACUGAGAUAUCUUCCUCAGAGAACAACACAUUGACCUCUUCCAAUACUUUCAAUAGUCGAUACUGGAACAACAGUACAAAAGUUCACAGAAACACAGAGUCAUUCAACCACUUCAGUGACUUGCGCCAGUCUUUCACCCUUCAGUCAGGCAGUGCUACUGUACCCUCCAUCUAUGCUAAUGGGAAUCAUCUGGCCCCUGCUCCACAUAGGACUCUGGUAGUGACAACCAACAGAGGGUCAACACCACAAGUUGUGUCAAGGAGCAAUGGCUCAGUCAGCAGAAAGCCUAGGCCUCCACAGACACACACUUACACAGUCAGCCAAGCCACGUUGGAGCGAAUUGGUGCAGUUCCUGUCAUGGUGCCAGCCCAGAGUCGGGCUGGGUCUUUGGUAUAGGAUAUGAGUGAAUCAAAUGUCCAGAAAAGAAUCAGUGGAAUCCCCCUCCUCCAUGUAAGGGAUUGUGUGGGUGAAUUCUGGGAAAUAUUUUCCUGAUAUUGGUACCAGAAAAAAGUACACACAUACACACACACACACACACACACACACACACACACACACACACACACAGUCAGUACUGUUACCUGGCCACUGAGAUUUGUGAAGUGAACUGGAAUUCUCCAUCAUGAAGACUUGCUUGCCCACCAUCUCAUCCAGGGAUUUUACUCACAAAGCUGGAUCUCAAAGAUGUGCCAAGCCAAGGAAAAGAUAUAAGAACAGAGUAGCACUUAAAAUCAGAACUGCAGUCCAGAUGGGCUUGUUCUUUAAUUCAUGCCUAACUUAAUAAUUUUUCACGAGACUAAAGUGCCAGAUGGAGUUUACAUAAUGGAAUUAUUAAAAAUAAUGGUGUCUUUCUUCCAGUGAGCAACACUAUGGUAUGUUCUACAUCUCCUAUCACCUCUCUCUAUAGAGGACUCAACAGUAUAAAUGGUUAUUAUCGUUUCCAAUGGGGCUGGCUCUUGUAUUAUAGAAUUACACCUUUCUAUACCAAAUUCAGUAAGAAAGAGGGAGGAAAGCAAAAGAAACUUCUUUAAGGAGCCCUUUCAAUAUUUACUUGUCACUUCCUGAACCAUGACUUUCAUAUUUGGAAUAUUGUUAUACUGACAGAUUAUUUUCCUGUCUGCAUUUUUCUAGCAUUGGUUAUAGGCCCUUGAGAACUGCAAUCCAUUGUUUCCUGGGAAAAUAUUUUUUUAAAAGAAAACUUUUGGGUUUUGAAAAGAAAAUUAGAGAAAUUGGGCUGGGAAAGAGAAGGUCAGUGCUGGCCUCAUGCUCAGUGACUAUUUGCUGAGUCCCUCAGGAGGCUCACCACCACUGCUAAGAGUGAGGUUGUGUGGGCAGCACCGGGCAGGAAAUCCAGUGGAGGGAUGCAGGCACUCCUGAGCAGCAACCAUUGCUCACACACCAGGUCACUCACUCAUAAUGAAGGCAGCACCCAAUGCCUUUAAUACUGAGGCAAUUAAACUUUCUCCUUGUUUGACAAACCGAGGUUAGGAAGCUGUUACAGUGAGGAUAUAAGUUGUUUUGUUUUUAAAAAAUGAUUUUUUUUUCAAAAGAGUUAAGACAGAAAAAGCCAGUUGUCUCUAGGUAUGCUCCUUAGAGGGUCUGCCCAAUACUGUCUCAACUCAGGGUUGCAGUUUUGCCCAAAUGCAUCUUAUACCACUGGAAAGUCACCCCUUUUAUGCUUAGUUACUUAGUUCAGAUGGCCUUGGCACUCACAGGAUAUUCUACAAACUCUCUGCUCUGUUUUGUGCUAUAUAGAUCUAACCACACUUACAUUGGUGACUUUCUAGCCUAAAUCACACUUUAAGCAGCACAUAGAAAUUAUUUCAUCCCAGAUUUCUUUCCUAAAUUAUUUAUGGCACUGACCUUGAUGGUGACUUGAUAAGAGUAUCUUUUAUUUACUGAUGUUUAUCUCCCACUCCCUCUUCCCACUAACCUUUUUUGCCUCUUUGUUCAAAUAAAGUCACUACAGGGAGCA